AUGAAGGGACUUUUCGCCGUUCUCUCCGCCACCGCGGCACUCUCUGCCUUCUCUGUUCUCGCCGCCCCUGUCGACGGACCUGUCAUGGCUCGUGCCCUUAUGGCCAGAGAUCCAGAAACGGGUGAAGGUCCCGCUGGUAUUUGCUUUGGUGGCUGCGGUCCGGGUGUCAUCAAGCGCGAGCCUGAGCCCGAACCGGAGCCAGUGGCCGAGCCCGAGACUGGCGAGGGCCCCGCUGGCAUCUGCUUCGGUGGCUGCGGACCAGGUGUCAUCAAGCGCGACCCCGAGCCAGUUCCUGAGCCUGAGCCCGUGGCUGAGCCCGAAACCGGCGAGGGUCCCGCUGGCAUUUGCUUCGGUGGCUGUGGCCCCGGUGUUAUCAAGCGCGAUCCUGCCAGCGAAACUCCGGUCGCGACAAUCUACCAUCUGCCAAACCCGACCCCCAUUGCGACUGCCUUCAGCGUCGUCGCACCAAAGCCCACCCACGCGCACAUGGCGAGAGACCCGGCCCCAGUGACUGUCUGGGACCACCCCACUCCCACUCCAAUUGCAACAGUCUACUCGGUUGCCCCGGCCAAGCCAAUUCACACCGCUGCCUAG